AUGGACCCCAUCAGUUUCGCUCUUGCACUGGGAGGCAUUCCGGGGAUGUUCACAUCAUGCGUCGAAUGCUGCCGGUACAUUCAGUUUGGUCGAGACUUUGAGAAGGACUUUGGGAUGACUUUAUGCAAACUCGAAGCCUGCGAGUUGCGGCUAACAAGAUGGGGCACGGCAAUGGGCAUCGAAGGCCCCGAUUCGAGACUUCGGGCAGAUCUCUACGGGAAAGAACAGAUCAAGAGCGCCUAUCACUGGCUCAUGGAGAUUGAAAAGGCUUUCAAUAUCGCGACCGAGACCUCUGCUCGUUUCAAGAGUACCGCUAAGCCCGAAAAAUUGCUGCUCCUCGACACGGAUACCGAAAUUGCCAAAGCAAACAAUUCGCUGAACGGUCUCCAUCUCACCAUGCGCAAUAUCAUUGAUGGUCAGCUCUUGAGGGAGGUUACCGACGGCGAAGAUGAGGUUUUAAAGGAUAUGCUCCAGAUGGAACUCCAGCAACGCACCAUCCAUGUCGGAGAGAUUCAAGUGAAGGAUGAUUUUGUGGGCCAGAUUGGUGACAAUGUUGAGUUGGCCAGCCAAGCAAGUAACAUCGAAAUCAAAGUUGUCGGCGGAUCUGGUCGUGCCAUGUUGCAUAUUGGUAGCAAUAUUGCUUCAGGAAAGACCAUCUAUGACCAGGGCCAGAGGAAGAAUUACCAGCCAUGA